AUGCACCGCAACCUCACAUCUGGUCCAUAUUCUCUCUCCAAUUGUCCAAUUGUAUCAUAUAACGGGGGUGUUGACCAAGACGCAACUGCCAAAUACAUACACAAAUCAAUAUCUGGAGUCGUAAGACAACUACUGGGUAUUUAUAAAUACACGGCGAUGACAGGGGAUCUGGUCAAUGGAUGUCAAGGUUAA